GAGUAGUUUAAUUUUUAUGUAGUUAAAAAAAAAACAAAAGAACUCAAAGUCCCAUAAUGCAACGAUAGGGUAAAUCGCGCCUGCGCGGUAAGCAAUCCCUCUUUGGACCUACGUCUCCACUGAAACGAUGGCCAAGCGCACCAAGAAGGUGGGGAUCGUUGGUAAAUAUGGCACGCGUUAUGGCGCGUCGCUGAGGAAGAUGGUGAAGAAAAUUGAAAUCAGCCAGCAUGCAAAAUACACCUGCUCUUUCUGUGGCAAGACCAAGAUGAAGAGGAGGGCUGUUGGUAUCUGGCACUGUGGGUCCUGCAGGAAGACAGUGGCUGGUGGCGCCUGGACGUACAACACAACUUCUGCUGUCACUGUCAAGUCUGCAAUCAGGAGACUGAAGGAGUUGAAGGACCAGUAAACCAAGUGCGAUGAUCACUGGUGGAUUUGGGACUUUGUUUUCUAUAAUUUAACCGACCUGGACAUGGCCUCAACAUCCAAAAAUAAAGCGGUCUGGAGCGGAA